AUGGCGGAUGAAGACGGGUCGUCUUCUCACGCUGUGUCUAAGACUGGAUGCAAACAUUGUAAAAAGUCAGUUGUUCAUGCUGUAAAGUGCAAAAAGUGUAAUCUCAUCUUCCAUCCUCGGUGCUUGAUUCAAGCAGCUCAAGCAAAAAGUGCCGUAUGCAGACACGAAGUGCAAAACGAUGCAUCCAAGGAUUCAUCAGACAGUGAAUGUGAAACUGAUGAAGACAAUGAAAAUCGUGACAAGUUAUUAGAAAGGUACAUAGCUGAAAACAAGCUUCUACGUGAAUUAGUGAAGGAGUUAGAAUCCAAAUGCGAUAUUCUGAACGAAAAUUGCAGUUUGUUGAAAGAAAAAAUAACAUUUGUCACUGAAAAACAGGUCAGCUCCACAAAAAACCUAGGCAGCUGCAAAAACCCGAAUACUAAUCAAGGUCAAACACCUUCAAUAAAUCAAUCAAUACCAGUCAAUAACAGUGCCCCUGAAGUGGCAGCAACCAAGCGUACCUUCAGCACGGUUGCCAAAUUCGCGCACCCGGAAUCAAAACUGCAACAAAAUGUUAAUAGUAUUAUUAAUAAGAACAAGAACCAUCAAACAAUUUUCACCACUGAGGAUGUGUGUGCUGCCGUUUCAAAUGCACAAUCAGCUAACAAAUUGAAUGAGCUUCAAAACCUUGGAAAUGAGGAUGAAGAACAUUGGGAGAAAGUUGAACCUAGAAGAUCAAGGAAUAAUAAUAGACGUUUCGUUGUUGGUCGGAAUGAUGAAAACACUGGCAUCAGUACGGUCGCAAAACUUGUAUCUCUUCAUGUCACAAGGCUCCACCCCACAACAAAGCCUGAUGACUUGAAGAAAAUCUUAAUCAACAAUUUUCCGGAAGGGUCCUGUAAAAGUCACAUGUCCAAACAUCCUGAACUGUAUGCAUCCAUGAAGAUAACGUACAAAUGCUGUAAAAGUAAACCAUUCAUCCAUUAUGUGUGCAUCCAAUGCCACAGUAUUUUCCAUAAGAGCUGUCUACUUGCAAAUAAGAAAAAAAUCACCAUGGUGGAAGGAAACCAGAUUAUUUGUUGUAAAAGGGAACCCAAUGACCAAGAUGAGCAAACUAGUAUUCUAGAAAAGACGAUAAAUGAUCUAUCGGAAGACAGUGAAAUGAAAAAUAAUUACAUCGAAAAAUUGAAAAAAGAAAAAAAUAUUUACAUACAACAAGCAAUAGACAUGGAACUUGAAAUCAAUACUUUAUUAGCUGAUCAUAAAAAAACUAUUGAAGAACUGGAAGAUAAAAUCAAGGACCUUGAAAAAAUAGCCCACGAAAGUGUGAAACCGACAAAAUCAAUUUGUACACAAACAAGACUAGUAAUGAGCCACAAAGCCACAACAACUGACCUACAAACUAGAGAACAGGCCAGCGGUGACAAUGAACCCAUGGAAAAAGGAAUGGAAACCGACAGGGGAGUGGGAAAAUGUCCGAAAUUGAACUCCCAGCAUAGAAUCGAAUCUUCUAGUGGUGCUAUUUCCAAAUCUUCCACGAGUAAUGAAUCGACAAAUCACAACAGGAAAAUACUCCUAGCAUCUAAUUAUCAUGGAAGAUGCCUAGCAUCAUACCUUAGUCAUCAAAAUGAAAAUAAAUACCUUUCAAUACAAUCCAUUAUGAAACCCAAAGCGCAUGAGGACGAAGUACUAAAUACGGCUAUGACUAAUACUAAAGCAUUCACAAAAAAUGACUUACUAUUUAUUUGGCUGCAUAGACACGAAAUGAACACCGAGAAACUUGAACAGUUUGCCAUCAAUAUGGCGCAUACAAACACCAUCUUCAUAACUGAGCCAUACAACUACAAUACUUGGAGAGGAAACCAAUACACAUAUGAGAACAACCUAUUUUUAUCGAAAACACUCCACAAAUACCAAAAUUCAGUGAAAGUUUUUGAAUGCAACAAUUAUUUGAACGGUACACAUUUUUUCCAACGUAGCAACAAACUAAAAAACAGAGGAAUAUAUAUUCUCGGCAAAGCACUAACGGGUUACAUAAGCGACCCUAGUACUAAAUUGAAGAAAUUGAAUGGAAAGUACACAGUGAACAAUAUUUCCAAUGAUAAAAAGGAAACAACAUCGAAUAAUGCCCCACUACACAGUACUUACAUGUACCCUCGCCUCUCCCAAGUUGCACCAUCAUCUGACGAACAUGAAACGUAUCCCCUAAAUGAAGGAAAAAAGGAAACAGCAUCGGAGAAUGCCCCACUACACAGCACUCAUAAUAUGUACCCUCGCCUCUCCCAAGUUGCACCAUCAUCCGAUGAACAAAAAAUAUUGGAUGAAUCCGAGUUGCCAAGUAUUCAGAAUUUCUAUAACAAAUUGAACGAUACAAAUAUUUCGGACGACGAUUACGCGCACGCGCGAAAAGUUUGGGAAUCUUUCGAGCUGAAAUCGCUGGGAGAAUAUAGCGACCUAUAUAUGCGGACCGAUAUUCUUCUUCUUGCUGACGUCAUGGAAAAUUUCCGUGCGUCAUCCCUCAAGACCUAUGGCCUCGAUCCUGCUUGGUAUUACACCAUGCCUGGCUAUACUUGGGACUGCAUGCUCAAGUAUACUGGGUGUAAGCUGCAAAUCAUCAAAGACAUCGACAUGGUGAUGUUUGUGGAGCAGGCGAUAAGAGGAGGAGUAUCGGUUUGUUGCAAUAGAUACGGCAGAGAGGACGAAGAAGUCAUGGGCCUCAAAUUCUGCAACGAAGCCAUCAUGUGUCUAGUUCAGCUCUAUCCACCUCAUCCUGGUAUCCCUCAGGAUGUCACACCUUUGCAGAGCGGUGAGUUGCAACUGAUCAAUGGAAUAGCAUCUUUUUACGAGGCGAUACAUAUAAUUGAACUUGAAAAACACUUCAGAUCCGUUGAUUUGAUCGGAACACUCCUAUCAGAUUCCAUAUUUCUUCAUGCAUCAGUGCUGCAAUCCACACCUACGCAGGAUCAUCAGGUGCACAAGUCGAGCACGAAUACUAGUAUAGGUAACAAUGCGUAA